AUGAUACAGAAUGUUGCCGAUGGAAUGGCAAAUAUUUUGCAAACAUCGGACAAGUUACGGGGAUGGAAACUUGUCCAAAAAACACUUCCUCGUAUUAUAGAAUAUGGUAGAAGCGAAGGAAUUCUACAAGUUAAUACCCAGCAAAAUGCUUUCAACAUUACUGGAAUUGUGCAAGCUGCUCAAGAAGAAGCUCAUACUCAAAAAGAGCCAAAAUCUGGUGACAAAGUGAACCUUCCUACAAACGAUAUAACCACUAUGCACGAAGCUAUACCAUUUUUACCAGUGCCUGUUGCGAUUACUUGUUUAAUUUUUAAUGUGCUCAUUCCUGGGUCUGGAACUAUAAUUUCCGGCUUUUCGGCACUUUGUAUGGGACAACCGCGAAUUAACCUUAAAGAAGGUCGAAAACUGAUCACAUUAGUUGUCAAUUUAUUGGUAGGACUCAGUCAAUUUUUCACUAUAACAUUUUUGUUCGUCGGUUGGUUUUGGUCCAUUGCAUGGGGUGGUCUACUAAUAAUUCACUCAAUGCAAUAUCGAGAAGCAUUGCAACAACGACGGCAGGAAGCAGUUGCAACAGCAGCUAUCGAAGCUCUCACAAAGGAUUCAAUUCUUCAUCGACGAGAUGUUAAAACGCUUGUCAAAAGUCACAAAAAGACGAAAAAGGACAAAGGAUAG